CAUUAGCCCACAUUUAUGCUGCGCAUCUUCGUGUCGGGAGCGUCGUGAGCGAAGACAGAUCCUUAUCCAUAUCGAAUCGAAGCAAGUUUUUAUUCCGCAUGGAAGCUGAAGAGGCAUGUCUUGGGCCAAGGCUAUCGUAUACUUUCCCGUCAAAAGGCAGAAGUGUUCUUGGCCCGAUCGAUUGUACUUAUCCGCGCGAAUGCAUGUGCUACUUCUGGACACUUCCGAUCCGUCAUUGGGGAGAAGCGUGGGACUGGCCCAUCCAUCGCGAGUACUUCCCGUUGCAACUCUUGGUCAUUACCGUCAACCCUCGACUAAUAUUCUCCACCAAUGACGGUAUGCGCUCUAUGUGUGCGAUACUUGGUGACGUCUCUUUACACUCGUCUACCCUAGACCCCAGAAGAUCUUCUACCCAAGCCUCUAUUUCGGCAUCUCAGCUCUUACUGGGCAUACUGGCAUCGGCACUCGGGUGGAUGAUGCUGGGUGUUGAAAUUCAACAACAUAGGUGGCGAGCAUGGAUGACUGACCGACGGCACGUUGGUUAUGCUUGAAUAUUAAAGCAAAAACACACUGUCUAAAUGGAGAGGAUGAAACGGAAAAAAGAAUGACUUCGAGGAGAGGGAAAUGGGGUGGACGCAGACGGCGAGCUCGUUAUUAGAACAUGUGGGCAAAAUGUCAAACAUUGUACUGCCAAGCUC